AUUCUGCUUUUCACCUGCGCUUGACAAGGACGCUGGGAGAGGAACUCUGAGGGGCUGAGUCUGACCCUGAGGCGGAGAGAUGUUUUUUCCUUUGGCGAGGGGAGCUCUGGGCCUCGCGGCUCGUGGGGUGCAGCGUACUGCGGCAAGACAAGUUCACAGCAAACAUGGACCUGAUUUUCAUGACAAAUAUGGCAACUUGAUUUUACUCGGCGGGGCUCUGUUUUGUGUCUCCAUUUGGAGCUAUGUUGUAACACAAACGGGGAUAGAGUGGAAUUUGUCUCCUGUUGGUCGAAUUACCCCAAAAGAAUGGAGAGAGAAGUAGAGAUGCUGGGUUAAAUCCUCUUCUGAAAAGUUAGGAGCAGCCAUGGGUUCGCUGGAGCUUUUAUUGGAAUAUACUAGUACUAUGCCUGUAGAGGGCACAAUUAUCUGUGAUGUAAUAAAUACAUUUAAAC